AUGUCAAGAUGCUAUGAAGAAGCUAUUCGAGAAUUGACACACAAGAGCUGUCUUAGACACAAGUGUUCGGUGGAACAUAAAGUUGUAACAGAAGUUGACCAAAGAGGAGAAGAGCUUUACUCCAAAGUUAACACAAGUGUUCUUCCACCGGCGCCGGUAACGAGGACGGUGAACGGUGAGAGGCUCUGUUUCUCUGGCGGCGGAAACGGUAACCGAUACUCUUCUGAGAUUUUCGUUAAACUUCCUCCGACCAUAGACCGACGUCGAAUCCGAGACAAGCGAGCGGGAUCGGAGAGACGACGGCGAAGACGGAAUUGA